CGAGCGAUACGGACGUGUUCGUCUCCAGUGAGUCAAGAAUCCCGAUUCCCGAAUCCCGAAUCCCGAUUUCCGCACAAGAGAAUAAACCCAUCGAAGAUCGAAUUAAAUAUCAGAGUGAGAUUUGUGCAGUGAACAAGUACUGAGCUACUGAAAUCACCUCAAAAAGAUUGUAAACGCAAAAAAAAAAAGCAAGUGAGAACCAAAAGUUUAGACUCCGAGUCGCAAUGAAUCACCUAUCGCCGCCGCCAUCGCCGCACUCGCAGCAGCCGAGUCCAGCGGGAAUGGGAAUGGGCUGCCAUGGAGCUGCCCUCGACAAACAGUGGAUGCAGCGGGCGUCCGCCUUCAACACUGUGAUUGCCUCCGCCGCCGCCCAGAAACUCAAUGGAAGAGAUCUUCCCUUUCUGUACAAUCCACUGCUCUACUCGAGUGCCCUGCUGUGGCCCCAGUUCCUGCUGUCCUCGGCCACGGCUCUGGGCACGCCCCUGACCCCCAUGACCCCCAAGUCGCCCGCCUCCGUGGUGAUGGGCCAGCGGGAUCGCGACUACGCCCUGACCCCCGAGAAGGAGCACGAGCUGCAGCUGAACAACAGCAACACCGACAAACAGGAGGAUCAGGAUCAAGAGCAGGAGCAGGAGCAGGACGAGGAUAUGCCCCUAAAUCUGAGCACCAAGGAGCGCAUCACAGCGGAUCAGUACCACAUCAGCAGCCACAACAGCAGCAGCAGCAGGAGCAGCUCCAGCAGCGAUGUGGAGCCAGUGCAUCCGAUGACCUCGCUGAACGUGACCCCGCCCCUGAGGGCGGUCAACCUGAAGAGUUCGGCCACUCCGCAGCAGCAGCAGCAGCAGCAUCAGCAGCGCCAGAGAUCACAGGGCAACAUCAUCUGGUCGCCGGCCUCCAUGUGCGAGCGAUCGGCGAGAAGGGUCGAGAAGUUUGGCCUGAAAAUGGAGGACGACGAGGAGCAGCAGGUAGAUCCCAUUGUGCGAAAGUUCAAGUACGAGCGCCGGACCGCCUCCAUAUCCUCGCUGCAAUCGCCGAUCUCCUCGCUCUCCGCUCCUGCCUCCAAUUCCGUCCAGGAUCUGGAGUUCGAGGUGGCCCAGCAGCAGUUGUACGCCCAUCGCAGUGCCUUUAUGGCCGGACUCACGGGCAGCAAUCUGGAGCUGCUCACCCAGCACCUGAAGCAGCAGAAAAGUGAGCAGCCGCAGCAGCAACAGCAGCAGCAGCAGCAGCAGCAGCAGCAACAUCAUCAUCAUCGCAUCAAGGACGAGCAGCAGGAUAACAACCGUUCGGCAGCCGCACUCAUGGGCUUGGUGGCAGCCGCCGAAUUUGGCUACAUGCGUAAUCAACACCAACAGCCGCAGCAGCAGCAGCAACAGUUGCAUCACCAACAGCAGCAGCAGCAACAACAUCACCAGCAACAGCAGCAACAUCCUGACUCGACGGCCACAGAUGUUGCGCGUCGCUCCUCCUCCUCGUCCUCGUACCAAGGCGAAGGCGAGGAGAAGCGCAGCGGCAGGAAUUUCCAGUGCAAACAGUGUGGCAAGAGCUUCAAACGGUCAUCCACCCUAUCCACGCAUCUGCUCAUCCACAGCGAUACGCGGCCAUAUCCCUGCCAAUAUUGCGGCAAGCGGUUCCACCAAAAGUCGGACAUGAAGAAGCACACCUAUAUACACACGGGCGAGAAGCCGCACAAGUGCACGGUGUGCUUGAAGGCCUUCAGCCAGAGCUCGAACCUGAUCACGCACAUGAGGAAGCACACGGGCUACAAGCCCUUUGGCUGUCUGCUCUGCGAUCAGUCCUUCCAGAGGAAGGUGGAUCUGCGCCGGCAUCGGGAAAGUCGUCACGAGGAGGCGCCCGCCAUCGAGGACCUGAAGCCCCUGAAGAUGGAGGUGAGCAGCAGCAGCUGCUGACCAAGGAUGUCAGGAUGUCGCUGAGCCCAGUAUUCAAACAAUCAGUUGAAGGAGCAGACCACAGUUGGCCCUAAGUCUAAGUCGUUGCUAUAUAAGCCAAAGUUUGUUUUGUUUAGGCCUUCGCAAAGAUUUAGCUAGGCAUAAGGACAGGAUUGUUAAAUAACCCCACCAUUAGCUAAGAUACUGCCGUAAGCCUGUACAUAGUUAUCGCAAAUUACAAGACUCCUCUUCUAGCUGUUAACUAACUAACUAACUUAACUAGCCUAAUAACUAAUCUAAUUUAUUGCAUUAACCCUGAUUGACUCGGUUUGGAACUUAACCCAAAAUUGGCAGCUAAACGUACCAAAGAACAACCUCAAACAAAUGAAAUACCACUUGGCGACCACUUGUCUAAAUUUAGUGUCCUAAUUUAUUUAAGUUCAUCGAUGGCUCACCCAUCAGCCCCAUUUAUUUAUACGAUUUAUGCGAAUUUUAAGUUUAUUCUUAUUUUGUAAUUAACCCAAUGACUUUUAUUGUAAUU